UCCGGGACCCGCGCGGAGGCUCCGCUUUCAGCUGGGCGGGGCGGGCUGGAGGGCGGGGCCAGGCCGGACCGAAGUUAUCUGGGCGGUGCCCGGGGAGUCAGGAGACUGGCCGAGGUCCCUCCUCCUGCGGGGCCGCGCUGGGCCUGUCGGAAGCGAGUCCCUCUGUGUACGGAAACUGGGAGGGAGCUGGUGCAGCCAGGGCCCCUCCUGCUGCAGAGCGCGGCUGGAUGUGAUCUAGUUUGAGGUUCUCCUGCUCCGGUGCGCGGCCGGGAGCCGGUUUGGUUGAAGCUCUCCCUCCGCAAAGGAGACCAGCUGUUGUUGAGGGUUUCUGGCCGGCCUGUGGGAAUCUGGGGCCUGCCCACCCAGACCCAGCCUCGCGUCUCUUUUCUUCCCUCAGGUUGUUAACGCCACCUACCCCGGGGGCGCUCUGUGCAGGAGGUGGUAGCCUAGGCCUCCCGGCAGCAGAACCAGGCAAGUGAGGCUUCCUUUACCCAGAGGCCACCCCAGCCUCAGAACUUGGACGCGUUUUCUUCCACUGGCAGGGAAAGAGGAAGCUGUGAAAGGAAGAAGAAGAAAACAACCUCUGCCCCAGCCCUGGAGACAGAGGAGACAAGGAGAGACCCUGCCACACCAGCCCCCUCCCAGGUCCAGCAGGAGGCAAAGAAGAGGAAUUUAUGUAUAAUCUCAUUUGCUCUCUCCAAAAAAAGAAAGAAAGAAAGAAAGAAAGAAAGAAAGAAAGAAAGAAAGAAAGAAAGAAAGAAAGAAAGACGGACUUGAAGCAUCAUUCUCAGAUUCUCAGUACACAUGUGAAGACCAGAGAGUUAAUCAUUUCCAGGCUAGGAAAUCUUGGCACUGUUGACAUUGGAGGCCAAGUCGUCCUCAGCAAUUCUCAGAGGACUUGGGUGCUCUAUUUGCCUGAAGAAUAUGAGGUCUCUGUGAGAGAGAUUGGGACCCACCAUGAAGGUGAUGACCAGAAGAGAGUGUCUGCAGAAUUAAGCUCAGAAAAGGAGUUCUCAGACCUCGCUGCAUUGGAAUCAGCAGAGUGCUCGAAAGAGACUGUCUUGGAAGUGGGAGAACAGUGGGAAGCUGCCUCUGGUGCCUUUGUGGCUCCAGCAGUUGCAGGUGCUGAGGUCCUGGCCCAUCUGCAACCACCAUGCUCCUGCUGACUGUGGCUAGGGGCUGCCCCCAGCAUACUCUCCGCGGAGCUCAGGACCUAUGAGAAACCCAGCACCUGGAAAAGCUCGAAGAGGAGAUGACACUGGUAGAGGAGACUAUCCGGACAUUUGAAGGCAGAGGUGAGAACUGCCACAAAUGUGAAGCAUGGGGAGAGCACGAUUUCCCCAAUAUCCCUGCCUUCUGAGGAUCCCUGCCCUCUCCACAACAGCUUCUUCAGGUAUGAGGAGGAAAUGGAAGCACAUUCUCAGCCAGUCCCAUCCCAGUUCUGCAAACUGGAAAUCCAAGAUCAAGGUGUCAACAGCGUUGCUUUCUGGUGAGGACUAUCUUUCUGGCUUGCUGGUGGCACCUCCUCUGUGUCCUCACGUGCCACCUGUGAGCUUCAAGGACGUGGCUGUGACCUUCACGCGGGAGGAGUGGGGACAGCUGGAUCCAGCCCAGAGGACGCUGUACCGCAACGUGACUCUGGAGACCUGCAGCCACCUAGCCUUCCUGGGGCUUCUGCUUUCGAAACCGGCUGUGAUCUGCUGGCUGGAGCAAGGACAAGACCCAUGGAGGGCAGAGCAUGGACCUCCCAGAGACUGGAAGAAUACACUUGAAAAGGAAGAGUCAGCUUCUAAAGAGGAUACUGCUGUGGAAGAACCAUUCCACAACAUAGAAAUGAAAUGCUGCAUACAGGAGGAGGGCCCCUGGUUGGUAACAUUGGGAGGAAGGCAGGAUUGGAGGGACCAGCUAAGGGAGCACCAGGAAGACCCUUUGAGUCAAACGAUACUCACCCCAGAAAGACCGUUUGCUCACGGGAAACAUUAUGAGCCUGACCUUGGGGGAAGUUACCUGAAUUUAAGACUUCUACCUCCAACAUUACCCACAAGAGCACAUUUCCAUACACUUGAGUCACAGGUUAAAAAGUUGAAACAGAAUUCAGUUUUCAUUAAUCAUGAGAAAGGCUGGGCUGAUCUGAAGCCCCAUGAAAAUUACCAAAGUCCUAGCGCCUUCUAUCAGAGCAUUUCCUUGAAUAAAUUUACAAAUGUUGAAACGAGAAAUAAAAAGCCUUAUGAAUAUACUGUCAGUAGUGACUCUUUCAACUAUGAUACCUCCCUUCGAUACCAUAAUAGAAUUUUUUCAGCAGAGAGCAGCGAUGACUGUACAGGCUAUAGAAACAUCAUUAAUCAUAGCAUGUCUAUGAAUGAACACAAACCAAUGCAUUUUAGAGAACUCCAGUAUGAGUGUGACAAAUGCCUUGUACAAACUGUGAUAAGUGAUCCUGAAGAAGCACCAUUUAGAUGUGAGGAGGAAUGUAAUACCUUCCAUGAGGCGUCAUCUUUUACUGACUGUGACAUCAUUCAGACUGGAAAGAAGCCACAUGCAUGUAAUCAAUGUGGAAAAUCUUUCAGCUGUUGCUCUAAGCUUGUUGUACACCAGAGAACACACACUGGAGAAAAGCCCUAUGAAUGUUCUCUGUGUGGGAAGUCUUUCAGCCAGAGCUAUGACCUUGUUGUACACCAGAGAACCCAUACUGGAGAGAAGCCCUAUGAAUGUAACCAGUGUGGGAAAUCCUUCACCCAGAGUUCCAAACUUAUCAGGCAUCAGCGAACUCACACCGGAGAAAAACCAUAUAAAUGUCAUGAAUGUGGAAAAUCUUUCAGGUGGAACUCUAACCUUAUUGUACACCAGAGAAUUCAUACUGGAGAGAAACCUUAUGAGUGUGGUCAUUGUGGAAAGUCCUUCAGCCAAAGUUCUGACUUUGUUGCACACAAAAGGACUCACACUGGAGAGAAACCCUAUGAAUGUAACCAGUGUGGAAAGUCCUUCAUUAGAAGCACUCAGCUUAUUAGGCAUCUGCGAAUUCACACUGGAGAGAAACCAUAUAAAUGCAAUCAGUGUGAUAAAGCUUUCACUGGGAGCUCUCACCUUAUUGAGCAUCAGAGAACUCAUACUGGAGAGAAACCUUUUGAAUGUAAUCAGUGUGGGAAAGCCUUUGCUGGGAGCUCUCACCUUCUUUCACAUCAGAGAAUUCAUUCUGGAGAGAAACCAUACGAAUGUAAUGACUGUGGGAAAUCUUUUCGGCAGCGAUCACAGCUUGUUGUGCACCAGCGAACCCAUACUGGAGAGAAACCUUAUGAGUGUAGUCAUUGUGGAAAAGCUUUCAGCCAGAGAUCUCCCCUUAUUGUGCAUCAAAGAACACACAUUGGAGACAAGCCGUAUCAGUGUAACAUGUGUUUUAAAGCCUUCAGUCAGAAGUCACGCCUUAUUGAACAUCAGAGAACACAUACUGGAGAAAAGCCCUAUGAAUGUAUUGACUGCGGGAAAGCCUUUAAUGAUCGGUCAACUCUUACAAAACACGAGAGGACACACACUGGCGAGAAACCCUAUGAAUGUAAUCAUUGUGAAAAGGCCUUUAGUCAGCGAUGUCAACUUACUAGGCAUCAGAGAAUUCAUACUGGAGAAAAACCCUAUGAAUGUAAUGAAUGCGGGAAAGUUUUCAGUUAUAUUACAUCCCUUAUUCAACAUGAAAAAAUUCAUGGGAGAGAAACUCUGAAUAAUCAAGAUGGAAAAGCUCACUGCGAAACCUUUAUUAGACAUCAGGUGACCAAGGUAUGACUCUCAGAGUGUGCUCUAAUGACCACAUAUAUCAGAUUUGCUUGGAGUGUUCAUUGAAACUGCAUAUUACCAAGCUUACCUUGAUCUACUAAAUCAGAACCUCUGGCAGUAAAACCCAAGAGCUUACAGUUCCCAAAUGUAGCACAAGUAAUUUGUAUGUACAUUUAAAUGUGUUUACUUCUGCAUUUAGAUGAGAAACUAUGAACAUGAUCACUGAUUUAAAAUUUUCAGUCAGAGCUCUUAGUAGGAGUUAGGAAAUUCAAAAUGUAAGUAUACCCACCAAAUAAUCUUUUUAGUGAAAACAACCACCCAAACUUACUCAGACAUUGUCCCUGUAACACAUUCCUAGAAAUAAUGGAUUGGAAGAUAUUCUUGAUGUAAAGCCCCAAACACUGUCUAAAAUGAAAUCAUUGCAUGCUGAAGUUGGUACUGAGUGAUGAAAUAUGUAACCAGCAAUGAUCAAUGUAAACCAGCAGUUAACUGGAGGAGGUCUAAGGAUGGGAAGUCUUCUGAAAUGGUUUUUAUUGGAAUUAAAAGUAGACUCUGGGGGCACUUGGGUGGCUCA